AUGGGUAAGAAUUAUGAUGAAGCAAGUGCUUUGAUAGAAGAGAUGGCCUCCAGUGCACAUAAUUGGCAGAAUGAAAGAAGUAAAUCAAGAGUGGCAUCAGUCAAUGACAUGGACACUAUUGCUAAUUUGACAACCCAGAUUUCAGCUCUCACUACCCAGAAUCAACAAGCCACUAUUCGAAACCUAGAGGGUCAGAUUAGUCAGAUUUCUCAGCAAUUGAGUAAUAGACCAUCAGGGUCUUUACCCAGCAACACUGAAGAGAACCCCAAGGGUGUCAAUGCUAUAAUGCUGAGGAGUGGCAAGGAAUUGGAAAUAGUCAAUAGAAAAGCUCAAACUCAGGAGGAGAGUCCGGAGAAAGACAAAGGUAAGCAAAAGGUGGAGGAACCAAGGCAGAAGUCACUAGGGGUGAACCAAGCACUCCAGCAGAUGCCUUCAUAUGCUAGAUUCAUGAAGGAUCUGCUCACUAAAAAGAGGAAGUUUGAUGGGAGUGAGCCUGUGAUGCUUACAGGAGAGAAACUUGGACUUGGAGAAUGCAAGAAAACUCAUAUUACCUUGCAACUUGCUGACAGGAGUAUCAAAUAUCCAAAGGGUAUUGUUGAGAAUGUCCUGGUGAAGGUAGACAAAUUCAUAUUUCCAGUCGACUUCAUAGUCUUGGAGAUGGAGGAGGACAGAGAGGUGCCCAUGAUCCUUGGCAGACCGUUCCUUGCGACAGGUAAAGCAUUAAUAGAUGUGGAACAAGGUGUGGAUACAAUGGAAUCAGUCCUUAGGGAUCUGGACGAUUGGAGUGAUGAUGAUGAGCAUGAGGAAGAAUCUGUGGAGAAGGUAUCAGAAAUCAAGGCUCGCUACUAUGAGGAGCUGGGCACUAGUGCGACAAAACCAGUAUCAUCUUUGACACAGUCCCCGGUGCUAGAACUUAAACCAUUGCCUAGCCAUUUAAAAUAUGCCUAUCUUGGAAUAGAUGAUACUUUGCCAAUAAUUAUCUCUUCUUCCUUGACAGGUGAUCAGGAGCAACAGCUCCUAAGCGUGCUGAGAGCACAAGGAGGCAAUAGGAUGGACUAUUGCAGAUAUCAAAGGGAUCAGCCCUUUGAUUUGCACUCACAGGAUAAUGUUGGAAGCUGA